AUAGUUUUUUUUUUUUUUUUUCCUUUCCCUUUAUUUUACUGAAAAAGAGAAAAAGAGAAAUCGGUAUCUAAAAAAACUGACCGCCUCGCGUUGUCUCUUUUGCCUACUUCCGAUUCCUUCUUCUUCUUCUCUCUCUUUGCCGUCGUAAUCCGUCUCCGCCUCUCUAGGGUUUUUAUCCGUCUCUCUCUCUCGUGUUUCUCUACGUUGGCACUCGCUUAAUCGCUUCUGAUUCAUGAGGUGGCAUUACGAUGGAUUGCAAGGAGAACGGUAUUAGUGACCCUUCUGUGUGUGGCUCUCUUUCUGGCGAUUUGAAUGCUAAUUCUCUGGGUUUAAAGUCUCCACCGAGUUUUUCUGGGCUCAAUUUAGAUUCAGUCACUAGUUUGGAGACUCCUCAAGUUGCAUCAGUUGUAAAGUCAACAAUGGAGGGUCAAAGGAAGUGCUUUAUAGAUAGCGAGAGAAUGGGAGAUGAAAUCAGUAACUGUAAUGAACAUACUGGGAACUCUGAUGAUGGUUUAGAUUUUUGUUGCGACGCUGAAGACACUCAGAAGCAGGGAGUGGUUUCAGAUGAGGUUGAACAAUCUCAACAAUUCAUUUGUGAUGCUGAUUUACUGGUAGACUGCAACAAGCCGGAUGAUGGAAAGGAGAGUCAGGACACAAAAUUUUCCCUUGUAUCCGUUGUUUCUGGGAGUAUGCAAGAGGAAGGAGCUCCUCAGGCUAUAGAAGAUGAAGGGUGUGGUGGCACAAUAUUUUCUAUAGAGGACAAUGGAAUAGAGAAUGAAUCGAAUUUCUUGAAUGAUGAUGUACCAGAACAAAUGGGGUCUUUGGAAACUGCAAAGCACAGAAACCCUGAUGAAGUUGGAAGCGAUGGUAUUAGCUCUACCUUUGAUGCUGGAGAUAAGGAAGGAAGAAAUGAACCAUCGAGUGAUCAAGAUUCUGGUUCUUCUGAUGAUUUAUCAUUCUUCAAGAGUUGUCCAUUUCCAGAUACGAUAAUGGACUCUGGUGUAUUUGGCUGUAGCCCUGCUGAAGAUUAUCUGAAUGAUUCAAGUGAAAUUGAAGGCAAUCUGCCUAUUGUUGUAUCCCCUUCAUUAGCUAUUACAGACAUGUUAAGUAAUAAUGACGGUGGCCGAUGUUCAUAUGAUCUUGAUGACAUCGCACACACAGAGACAGUCGAACCAGAUUUGAUGCUGGGACAGCAGGAUGAGCUUGACACUGAUCUUUCCGAGAAGAAUGAAAAGAUGCAAAAGGAUCAUGUUGGGGUUUCAUCAAUUGAUAGUGUUGUGGCCGCUUUGAGUACGAAUAAUGGUAUAGCUGCUGAUCUGAGAGCUGAAAUUUUCAGUCAGAUAUCACCCAUAAACGAAAAUACUUUAGGUAUUGAAGCCAACUCCCAUAUUACUGACUCUUCUUUGAUGUGGAAUUUUCCAUCGAACUUUGGAAAUGGAGACAUCGAAGUCUGUAAUCCUGACAAUGCAGUUGAGCCACUCAGAAUAGUGGAUGGCAAUGGCAGAAUAGGUGGUGAAGUUGCUUCUGCAUCAGGGACUAAUUUUUGUGAAAUUGGCUUGUCUUCUUCCCGUAGGAAGUCCCGAUGCUCAAAGCAGAAGAGGAGCUCUCUUUUAAAAACAAGCCGUUCAUCUGAGUGGGGAUUGCCUAGCAGGACCACUGAAAUCUUCUUACAGAGCAAUAAUAUUCCCUAUGAUGGACCUCCGCAUCAUGAUGCACAGAAAUCUCAAAGCAAUCCUAAAAAGGGAGAGUAUAAUAGAAGUUCUCAUAACGGAUAUGUAGAAGGAUCUAACAAAAACAUCCAAGCAUCAAGUGGCUCUUGCCUACGUUUGAAAGUUAAAUUUGGUGGUGGCCAAAAUCCUAUGAACAUUACAGUCUCUAAGGUCAGUGGUAACUCUUUUCCUGCUAAAGGUAUUGUUAAGGCAGGAUCAGGUUUAGAAUUGCCAGGAUCAACAAAUUUUGCUGUGGAUAAACUGCGAACUGGGGAAACUAAAGAGGAUUUGGAAGAGAAAAACAACCUUGUGGAGAAAGUUCCAUAUCUGCAGUCAUCUGAUUUUAUGAGGGAUGAGAAACAAGACGAUGGGGGGUUUUGUAGGAAGCCGGGUGGUGAUGUUUUAGAUGAUGACCCACACCUUUCCACUAGUAUAAUGGUUGAAGAGUGCGAGAGGGCCACUGGGACGCGGUCCCUAGAUGCUGAAACUUCACCAGAUUCCGAAGUUAUCAACUCUGUGCCUGAUUCGAUUGUCAAUAUUGAACAGAAAGAAGGUUUGCAUCAUGGUGUUUACAGCGCUUCAGAAGAUGUGGUCGGCAAGAACAGAGGAUUAGAAAAAAAAGAUAAAUUGUCUGCUUCAAUAUCUCUUUUGGAAAAUGGUUCACAUCUAAUUCCCAGUGCUAAAAAGGGUAAAGAUGCUAAGUCUAAAAGGAAAGGAACAAAGAAAGGGAUAUCCAAGCUUUCUGAAUCUGCUAAAGACAGGAGAAAAAAUGAAUCUCAUGAGGGAGUAGAGCAACGUCAAUCCAUGAAUAGCAGUAAUGAAAGGGAUGAUAGUGAUCAUCUUGAAGUAGGGGGAAUAGAGUCUCACAAGACAACAGGUUCUCUUCUAGAUGCAGAUAUUGGGAAAACCAGUGCCAUUAAUGGUACCAUAUCAUCAGAUGUGAACCUUGGGGAAAUGGUUGUGGACGGUACUAUUGAGGAUAGCUCUUCCUCAGAGAGUGCCUGGGUUCGAUGUGAUGAUUGCUAUAAAUGGCGACGGAUACCUGCUUCUGUUGUAGGAUCAAUUGACGAGAGCUCCAGAUGGAUCUGUAGGAACAACUCAGAUACAAAAUUUGCGGAUUGCUCAAAAUCUCAAGAGAUGUCAAAUGAAGAUAUUAAUGAAGAGUUGGGCAUAGGACAGGAGGAAGCAGAUGCAUAUGAUUGUGAUUUGGCUAAAAGAGGGAAAGAAAAGGAACAGAAGAGCAAGCGUUUAACAGGUAAGCAAAAGGCGUGCUUCAAGGCUAUAAAAACUAACCAGUUUCUUCAUCGCAAUCGUAAAUCUCAAACAAUUGACGAGAUAAUGGUUUGUCAUUGCAAACCUCCACCUGAUGGUAGGUUGGGUUGUGGAGAAGAAUGCCUCAAUAGAAUGCUUAACAUUGAAUGUCUUCCCAGUACGUGCCCGGCUCGCGAAUUGUGUUCAAAUCAGCAGUUUCAAAAACGGAAGUAUGUUAAGUUUGAGAGAUUCCAAUCUGGUAAGAAGGGUUAUGGCCUGAGAUUGCUCGAAGAUGUACGAGAGGGACAAUUCCUUAUUGAGUAUGUUGGAGAGGUGCUUGAUAUGCAAUCUUACGAGUCUCGCCAAAAAGAAUAUGCUUGCAAGGGUCAGAAACAUUUCUAUUUCAUGACACUGAAUGGGAAUGAGGUAAUAGAUGCUGGUGCUAAGGGAAAUUUAGGGCGUUUCAUCAACCAUAGCUGUGAACCAAACUGUCGUACUGAAAAGUGGAUGGUGAAUGGUGAAAUUUGCGUUGGAAUAUUCUCCAUGCAAGACCUUAAGAAGGGUCAAGAGUUGACAUUUGACUACAACUAUGUGAGGGUUUUUGGUGCUGCUGCCAAAAAGUGCUAUUGCGGAUCAUCACAUUGCCGAGGGUAUAUUGGGGGGGAUCCCCUGAACGGUGAUGUAAUUAUUCAAAGUGAUUCAGAUGAAGAGUAUCCUGAACUUGUGAUCCUUGAAGAAGAUGAAAGUGGGGAAGGAAUCUUAGAUGCAACAUCUAAGACCUUCGUUGAUGACGUUGACGAGCAAAUGCCACUGAACUCUGAAAUGGUUAAUUGUUCCAAGGACCAUGCUCCUGAUAAUGCCGAAUUACAGAGCUUGGUAUCUUCACAACUUCCAGAGCGAGAAAUUCUUCCACCUCUUCAGCCGACUGGAGUUUUGAAGGAACUUUGGUCAGACACGCCUGUUAGUUCUGUCCGGCAGGAGGCUCAUGUUGAAAAGAAGACUAGCACAUCUCCCACGUCCAGUUCUCAUAGCAAACUGUCCUCGGAUGGUGCAAACGCUGAUAAGAUGACAAAGCAUGGAUCGGGGGAAGAUAAAAAGAUACUUCCACGACCCCGUCCUCGUAUGAAAACUUCUCGUUCAUCUGGGUCGAGUAAGCGAGACAAAGGAGGUAGUCUUCCUGGUGUUAACAAAGCACAGGUUAUACCAGUGAGUAAGUUGCAACAACAGCCCAUCAAAUCUAAAGGAUCAGAGGAAGUUUCUCCUAGCGGACGUGUUGAAACAUUUGAAGGGAAACUGAACGAGUUACUAGAUGUUGCGGGAGGGAUAAGCAAGCGGAGGGAUUCAGCAAAAGGCUACUUAAAACUUCUGCUUCUCACUGCCGCUUCCCGGGGCACGAAUAAUGAAGGAAUUCAAAGCAAUCGAGAUCUUUCUAUGAUUCUUGAUGCCCUUUUGAAGACAAAGUCAAAAUCUGUUUUAGUGGAUGUAAUCAACAAGAAUGGUCUGCAAAUGUUACAUAAUAUCAUGAAACAAUACCGGAGUGAUUUUAAAAAGACCCCUAUACUCCGGAAACUUCUGAAGGUAUUAGAGUAUCUUGCUACAAGGGAAAUCCUUGCACUGGAGCAUAUAAUCAGAAGGCCUCCGUGUGCAGAGAUGGAAAGCUUUAAGGAUUCUAUUCUAUCUUUCACUGAGCAUGAGGACAAACAGGUUCAUCAAAUUGCACGGAACUUCCGAGACAGAUGGAUCCCUAAACCUUUUAGAAAACCUAGGCGCAAGGACAGAUCUGAGUCUAUGAGGUCACCUAUAAACAGCAGGUUCAGAGCAUCACAAGAACCUAAAUAUUAUCAUCAGUCCCCAAGACCUGCAGAACCAGUUGCGUCUGUCAAAACAUCAAUGGCUACAUCUCCUAAUUCCAGUCUCCCUGAGACAAAUGGACGCAAGCGCAAAAGCAGAUGGGACCAGCCAUCUAUGACUAAAGAACAAAGAACGUUUCAGCAAACUGUUGAAACUAAUGGAAAUCAGGAUGUCCAAGACGACCUUCCACCCGGGUUUACAUCACCCUGCACGGAUGUGCCUGAUGCAAUUACUGCGAAGCCGCAACAAAAGUUCCUUUCUCGGUUACCAGUAUCCUAUGGUAUUCCACUUAGCAUUGUUCAUCAAUUUGGUUCACCCGGCAAAGAGGACCCGACCACCUGGUCUGUUGCUCCUGGCAUGCCGUUCUAUCCAUUUCCACCUCUACCGCCAGUGUCUCAUGGUGAGUUUUUUGCCAAGAGAAACGGAACAGUCUGUUCCUCCUCCAUGGGAAACCCGACUUGCUCCAUUGAGAUAUUACCGGCUAUAACUGAACCCAACCAAUCCUGUUGUAACACCUCAAGUAUUGCCGUGAAUGACUCACCCGCUCCAAACCGGAAGAGAGAGUUUUCAUCCGAUAUAGGAACAAGUUAUUUUCGGCAACAGAAACAGAACAUUCCCCCAUGGAUGCGGAACAAUGGGUGGGAAAAAACAGCAAACAGCCCUAUACCUGGAAAUUUAACUGUAGAGAAGAAGCUCAACAAUUAAGUAUUCUUAACUUUAGAGAAGUACACAGCCAAUGAAGUUGUUAUGGAGACUAGGCAGCUCUUGAGGAGAAUUACAGUGGUUGAUUGGUUAGUUUUGCUCAUAGGAAGAUCCCCUUUUAGGGGACUCAUGUGCGUUUCUUUUCUUUCCUUUUCAACUCCUUUUUCAGUAUAUUCUAAAUUCUUUUGUUUAUGAUCAAAAGCAAAAAUAUUCUACUAUAAUUAAAAGGUCACAUUUCAUUGUAAUAGCAAAUCACAUUCUUUACUAUCUUCUGCAAAGAAGUUUUAAGUUACACUGA